CAUACUUUCGUCUGGCUGCGCUAGUUCUGUUCCGCGCUCGUUAGAAUGGCAUCUGCGUCGCAGGCGAUUGUUUUCCCCACGACCGGCUGGGAAAGUGACCUUUCUUGCCUGCCGCCUCUAAACGAAGAGAGGCUUGUUGAAUUUUAUCGCAGCAAGUCGACGACAGAGCGCUGCUACGACCGCAGCUACAACUUCACCGUCGAAUCCUACUUAAUCGCAUCGACGGUGAAGACGAACAGCUCCAUGCAAAGUGACGGGCUUGUCCUCAUAAGGGCACAGUGCUACAGGAGCAAAAAAAAGAAUGCAUCACCCUACAUUGUCCACGCAGCUAUUGGACAGCAAGGGCAAGUUGUUGGGGGCAACUGUGAAUGCCCUGCUGGCCAGUUUGCAUGCAACCACUUGCUAAGCAUGCUUCGCAUGGUUGCCCUGCUCCAGUCUAAAGGCUUCUCAGAAGCACCUGAAGACAUUGCGUGCACUGAUUUGCCACAGCAAUGGCGGGUGCCACGUGGAAAGGUCAUUAAGGGCAGCUCUGUUCAAGGGAUUGACUGGAGGAGCGUCAGAGAAGGCGGCCUGAGUGUCCCAAAACUUGCCAGGCCAACAGAGCGGCGAGUGAACCCACGCACGAAGGAAGAACAAGCAGCUGCACAAAAGAAGCUUUGCCGCAGCAUACUCGCAAGAGAUGCCAACAAUGCAUUUGCCCGAGGGCUCUCGUUGUCGCUGGGGCAGCCGUAUAAAGAAACCAAAUACGGCCUGGCUCCAGCCUCAUCACCACUUGCGUACCAGCAGGCACUGCUGCCUCACGGAUUUAGUGCGCAGUUGUCCGGCAUUACACCGGUGUCACUUGCCUCCUCCCAGCUGGUGCCGACUCUGGACCUAUUCAAGGAUGUUGAGCCUUGGAUUCCAGCUGUUCACCAAACAACCUCUGGAAUUCUUGAGAAGGUGAGAACAACCAGGGAGUCAUCUUUGACACUGGAACGUGACACAAGGCAGCAGUCGCGUAGCGCAACUUGGCAGAAGGAGCGGGCUCCAAGGCUGACGGCGUCAAACUUUGGUGUCGUGCUUGCGAGGCAGCAGUGGUCAUCAAAAGGCCUUCAAGCGAUCACAGCUAGCAGAGACCUCUCAAGGGUGGCUCCUAUCAGGUACGGCAUCUCCAAUGAGCCCAUAGCUGCAAAGCGCUACGAGGAAGUGCUUCAAAACAUGGGACACGACGUGACCGUUGCACACUGCGGCCUGCUGGUCAACCCUGCCUUCCCUUGGCUGGGAGCAUCACCUGACAGGCUCGUGUAUGAUCCCGCAGAAGGCUCAUAUGGGGUACUCGAAAUUAAGUGCCCGUAUAGCCUCCGUGAAAAGAAGGGAGAAGAACUUGCCACUGCCACAUUCUGUAGCGAGCUGACUGACAGUGGCCCAAGGCUGAAGAGGGAGGACUACUAUUAUGCACAAUUAGUAGGCCAAAUGGGAGUUUCUGGGCUGAGCUGGGGGGGACUUUGUAGUGUACGGAAAAGAUUUCAUUUUAAUUGAACGAAUUCAGCUGAACAAAGCUGAGUGGGAUGGAAUGAGAGACCAGCUGAACUACUUUUACUUUAAUACUCUGCUGCCGUUUAUGGAAACUGCUGAGCAAUGAGUCUGCUAUUUGGCAUGUAUGCAUUCAAAUGAGUGCACUUUGCUGCUAUUGUCAUUUGCACGCUGUCACAUGGGAACACUUAGCGACACUUGCCAGCCAGUGCAUUUGCAAACGCUGCGUCUGUCCAGCCUGAGUAACAGUUGCUCAAAAAUAAGAAAGCGGAGUCAGUAGUGUUGUUAACCAGUCAUUUUCAUUGUUAGGAAUGCCAUUACUAAAAUGUUCUACAGUUGAAACUUGAUUUAACGAAGUGAUGACCACUCUCAAAUUACAGUUGAAACUUGAUUUAAUGAAGUGAUGACCGUGAUCAAAAUAUUUAGUUAAAUUGCGUUUGGAACUAACCCACGCUUGCGCAUGCGGAAAGUCCGUAAGGGUGGCCUGGACCCAGAGCCUUCUAUGUCUGUACGAUGCAGGUUCGGUAGACAGUUGCGUGAAGCUGACAGACAGCCAACAUGCUAAGAUAGUGUGGCAAGCGCUGCGAUAGUGUGGGCAGGCCGAGAAAAAACGUUGCGUGGAGCCGAUCAGCACUCUUGGUCACAUAAACAGAAGUAGAUGUAAAAAGAUGCACGCAAAACCACUGCACAAAAGUGAGCAACGCCUUGUUGACCGGACAAUGCACCGAACUAAACACAAGCCCACAUUAGCAGACUGCCUGCAUUUCUGGCAAUUAACAAAAAAAAUGAGGUAGUGAAGUAUUUAGCUAAACACCAGAUAAACAUUCAAGUAAAUUACUCGUUGACUUUGUCAUGUUUAAGAUUAAGAAUACUCGCAAAAAAUAAUCGACAGAGUUCUUGCUUUUCAUCAUUUGCCCCACUUUGCUUAGCUGUGCUUCAAAAGUCUUAUGCCACAUGUUGAUGUGUGUGGCAGUAGGUCUUUCACUGCUUUUUAUUCCAACUCUCCCGACUGAGACAAAUUGACCUUGGCAUAAACCAUAAAAUAAUAAAAGCAACCGCUGUAGUGUUCCUGUGGGAGCAGUUAUGGGGAUUAUAAACCACUGCUGCCCCUAGCAACAUUUACACAUAAAAGUACUGCCAUCUGUUCAGUGCACUGUUGAGUGUGUGGGUUGCGAUGAGGAUGCCUAAAUAUCUCAUUGCAAUAAAGGGAAAACGCAUGCUAAAAAAAACGUAGCUGUGUCAAAAUCGGAAAAAAUCGCAGCUUUUUACUUAUUUGAGGUAAAAUUUAGUGAAAUCAACUUCGGUUACAUGCUAGCUUUAUUGAUUCGAGUUUAUGUCAGUAAACCCUAUUGAUGCUUGCCAGAGAAUGAAGCUGUCUUCGUUAGAUCCGGAACUUCAUAAUACUACUGCUUUCAUGAUGCUUAUGGCAGCCAGGGGCUUGCUAAAGCACAUGCCGUACAAUGGCUGUGUCCAUCAUAUUUGCACCUAAAGUUUAAUUGAAGCAGCUGACCUGAAAUAACAUAUGUGUUGUGUUACUGACUCACCCAUUGCUAUUACCACGAUUCCCUAAGUACACUUCUAUUUCUGUCAUGCAGCAGAGCACCACCAGAGUGACAUUCGUGUGCCUGCACUUGCUCAAUGUGCGCUUGUUUGCUUGUGUGACAGCAGUACAAGACU